GAACGAGCCUGCGACUGGGUACUGCGUGGCCAUUUCUCCGAGCAGGAGGAGCGUCACGUAGACGAUGGCCCCGACGAGGGUGUAGCAGAUCAGCAUACUUGCAGUUUCGAUCAGGUAUUUCGACGCUAGUCACCAAGAAAGAGGCCUGUCCCUGUACAUACAGCUUCAGUGCCGAAAACAACGUCGAGAGGACUGCGCGUAGCAAUAACCUAUUGUCCCCGCUAUAGCAAUCAUCUGGACCUGUAUGGCAGAGAGACCUCGUUGCAGACCACGAGUAUGGAC